UCGGCCGCCAUUGUACAGCAGUCCGGAUUCAGUGCCGGUUUCAUCUCCGGCUACGCUCUCUCUGCAUCUCUCCUCGGAAAGCCCGACUUCGGAUUACUAACGCCACCGGAAAUGGCGGCGACGGCAAGGACGGUGUGCGCGGCAGCUCCGAUGAUACCAAUUAUUGCAGAUGCUGAUACUGGUGGUGGCAAUGCUCUCAAUGUUCAGAGGACAAUAAAGGAUUUGAUUGCAGCAGGUGCUGCUGGUUGCUUCCUUGAGGAUCAAGCAUGGCCAAAGAAGUGCGGUAUGUAUCAGCUGUCGGCACCUCUGGCUUCUCAUGAGAUUUGGAUAAGCUGCCAACACAAAAUAAUUUGUUUCCAUCUUUUGAUUUUAUUUUAUUUCUAAGAAUACUAGCUGCUUUUUUCUCUGCAUGUAUUUGACACUUUGACUAGGGCACAUGCGUGGCAAACAGGUAGUUAUGUGUUCUUAUUCUUGCUUAGUCACAGUCUCAUACCAUGUCAUAUUAUGGAGAUAAUGAGAUUUCUUGGUUUCCCAAAGUCUAAAUGACAGCAACUUUUCGUAUCACUUAAUUCAGCCUCCACUCCAUUUAGGUUAUACCUGCUGAGGAGCAUGCUGUUAAAAUAGCAUCUGCAAGGGAUGCUAUUGGAGAUUCUGACUUUUUCCUCGUGGCUAGAACUGAUGCACGUGCCACAUCAGCAAGAUCUGGUCUCUCAGAUGCCAUUUAUAGGGCCAAUUUAUACAUGGAGGCUGGAGCUGAUGCCUGCUUUGUGGAGGCACCAAGGGAUGAUGAUGAGCUCAAGGAGAUUGGAUGCCAUACAAAUGGGUACAGGGUUUGUAAUAUGAUUGAAGGUGGUGUGACGCCCUUGCACACACCAGAGGAGCUGAAAGCAAUGGGUUUUCAUUUGAUUGUGCAUCCACUCACAGCUCUCUAUGCAUCAGCUCAUGCAUUAGUUGAUGUUCUCAAGACUCUGAAAGAAGAAGGAACUACUAGAGUUCACCUUCACAAGAUGGCUACCUUUGAGGAAUUCAAUCAAUUGGUCAAUUUAGAAUCUUGGUUUGAGCUUGAAGCACGUUUUUCAAAUUUAAAAAACACAGUUCGAGCAAAAUCCUGACUGGGGAGAAAGUAACCAAGAACUUGUUUCCAAGAAAGGAUUUCCUGUGAGUUUUCUACUAGAAACUAUCCCUUGUUUUGUUAACUAACAAUGCCCUUGAGAGUCAGAAUUACUAGCCAGCCUCAGAUUUUUUUACCCUUGAUAAAAUUUAAAUAUAUACCAGGCUGACUUUGGCUAUGUUGCUACAAUAAAUCCUGUUUGUUUAGUAGACAAAAACCCCUCCCGAAUAUCAUCAACAAU